UAAAUAACGAAUGAGUCCUCUGUGAGUUUGAAUGAGAAUAAAUUCCAUGGUAACGCUUUAAUAUUAAAAAAAAAAUCAAUAAUAAUGCGAAUAGGGUAAAAAUAUUUUUUAAUAAUGGUAACAUUAAAAUGACGGCCAUGGUAGUUCGGUCACGCGAAAAAAAUGUGAAUUUGUGAUUAAAUUUUUCAUUGUUUUAACUAAGCUAUUUAGUUUAAAAUCGCGAUAAUUUUGCAAAUGAACUGUUCAAGAUGUGCCCUAUAGGUUAUGUGUGCGUGAUCGAGUGAGUUUUGGAGGGAAAUCAAGAGUUAUUCACCACGCACGUACAGUGUUGUUAAAAAAAGUGUGUUUUUUUGUAUCAAAUGUCCGUCAUAGAUACCCACCAAAAUGGAUCAAAACAUGGCGGAAUUGGAUCCGCUCAGCACAUAUGACUACCCCCCCUAUGGUUACCAGCACAUGCACUACCCCUACUCUUACGAGAUAAAGCUAGAACAACCGCUAGCUCACUACGCUAAUCUAGCAGCUAACAUACAAAACCAAACUCAGCCAGUCAACAAUAUACCUCCCGUAGCUCAAGAUACAUUCAAAGAUACUAAUACAAAUAGUAAUACAAAUACUGUACAAGAAGCUACAAGCAGUCAAGUACAAGAAGAGAAACCGGUGUUCGAUCUAAAUAAAGUUAAAAAAGAAGGCGGAAAGAAAAGCAACUACUGGUCACAGAAAAUCACAGACGAAAACUUCCCUUUUUACGCCUGCGCGCUAUGCAACGUUAGCUACAAGCUACUAAGAGACUUAGAUUCCCAUCUAGUCGACCAUAAAGAGAGACUCACUAGCUAUGAUCUGCGGAUGAAAAAUAAAAAAAAGAAGAAACAGUUGAAAAAGGAACAGAAAAAGCUGAAAAAGUUGAAAAAAGAAGUUAAGCAAGAGGAUAUAGAAAUUAAACCGGAGGAUGGGUAUAUUGGGAAUGAAAAAGCGGCAGAUUUUGUUGAGAACACGUUAAAUACUGUAGCUGCAGAGAUUACCCAAAAUAAUGAUAAUGUAAACGCCAAUGUGAAUCAUGAAACUGAGAAUAAAGUUGAUGUUAAUGUAAAUAAUGGUAAAACUGGAGAAGCGGAGAAGGAGGUGGAGUAUAAUAAGGAUUUGGAGAAGAUAUACAAAUGUUCUGCGUGUAAUAAGCAGUUUUCAUUAAGUUACUACUUGAAACUACAUGUCAGAUCUCACACGGACGAAAAACCAUACACCUGCGCCGAGUGCGGCCAGUCGUUUAUAACUGCGAGCAAACUGGGGCGACACAACAAGCGUAUACACCUCGCCAUCAAGUACCAGUGCCGGAUAUGCUACAAGAUAUUUACCAGGUUCGAGUAUCUGACGCGCCAUUUUGACAAAAAACACGCCGAAGACAAACUGGACGGGGAGCCUUAUGACUACAACGCUAUCUUGCCCUACCUCAAAGAACUAGAGGAACAGCUCCGAGAGAAGGCCGAAGCCGAAAGCAAACCCAAGACAGAAGAAUUAUGGAGCGACUGGCCGGAGAUGGAUCAAGCGCUGAUGCAGGACAGGAAUGACCUGGAUGACAAGAAAGACUUCGCUAUGAACCAUCUGGACAUAGUCAUGGACGAUGUCAAGGUGCCAGUAGAAACGAUGGAGACAGAGAUGGAGAUAGAGAUCAAGGUGGAGAAAGAGCAGGACAACGACGACUUGCACGACGAUCUGCCUGACAACGAUCACGACAAUGUUAAAGAUGAAAGUUUAUCAGACGAGGAUUAUUUCCCCUCCAACACUUGGGCGGAACCCCCCAGCAUGGAGGCCGGGCCUCCCUCGCCGCCCGCGCGCGGCCGUCGCCCCAAAACAGACGGCCCCCUCACCUGCAAGAUAUGCGACAAGAAAAUCAGCACGCACUCCUACAUGAGGAUACACUUGAGGACGCACACAGGGGAGAAACCAUACAAGUGCUACAUAUGCAGCAGGGGGUUCAUCACGUCGAGCAAGAUGCAUAGGCAUGUUUUAACACACUCGGAGUCGUUUGACAAAGACGGUGUCAAGAUUGAAGUGGAAGUGAAGCUAGAGGGAGACGAAGCGACGAAAGAGGAAGAUGGCGACAUGGACACGAAAAAAAAGGGCAAGACGAAAACGAAAAAGAAAAAAGGCGAAAGGAAGAAACGCGACUACCAGAAACGUCCGCACGCGUGCGAGUUCUGUCAGAAACGGUUCCUGCACCUGGAAAUGCUGCAAGUUCACAAAAAGAGUCACGAAGGGGAGAGCGCUACUUUGAAGUGCUACUACUGUUUGGUGGAUAUAGAGGAUGAGAACGGAUUGAAAGAGCACGAGGCGACACACACGGGGCAGAAACCGUUUCUUUGUACGCUGUGCGGAAAGGGGUACAAGCGGAGAGAGACUAUGGUAUACCACCGCAAAAACCACAAAAGCGAGAAGAAAUUCAUCUGCGACAUCUGUUCGAAGACGUUUAACGCGCCGUGCAAGCUGCAGAGACACAUCGUCAGCCACCGCGCGGACAAGUUCGUGCUGCGGUACGAGUGCCCCGUCUGCGCGCACAUGUUCAACACCAAAUACCACGUGCAGAUGCAUCUGUCCACGCAUCAGAAGGAGGGGCUGAUUUUAGAAGAGAACCGAAACGAUAUACUAGCCAUGGUGCUGCAGAACGCACGCAAGAUACCUAAACAGGGAGACGCCCCAACCAACCUAGCCGACCUCAUACCAGCCGACGAGCGAAGCCGCGUGUGCAACAUAUGCGGCGAAAUGUUCCAACACUUCUACUACUUAGAGGAGCAUUUGAAAAGCCACGGCUCCCGAAUAGCCAUCGAAGACGAAAAUAAACAAGAGGAAAGAAAACACAUAUGCCAAGUAUGUAAUAAAAGUUUUAAACUACAUUAUUACUUAAAACUACACAGUUUCACACAUACUAAGGAAAAACCUUACAUAUGUCAGCAAUGCGGGAAAGGGUUUAUAACGAAAGGGAAACUAAAAAGGCAUUUAGAAACGCAUUCAGGUCUUAAAAAGUACCAAUGUCAUAUAUGUUAUAAGUUCUUUACGAGACCUAGCUAUCUUAGGAUACAUGUGAGGACUAUUCAUGGGAACCAGGACUAUAAUUUUAGGGUAGGGUUUAGGGAAGGGAAGGAUUUUGGGUUGGCUGCGCCCUUGCUGCCGGUUAUGACGCAGUAUAACGAUUAG